UUUUUUUUAAUUAAAAAAUGAAUAAAUAAAAACUUAAUUCAAUUUUGUCAUUUGCACAUACUAGUACAUGUUAACCAUCAAUCUCUUAUCUUUGCCUAACUCUCUAGUGCACCACCAAAUUCGUACAAAUAUUACUUUUGUGAGUAUAAAGAGGUGAGGCCAAACCAAAGAGUAGUUGUAGCCCCUGCCUGUGAUUAACUACUUGUUAGUUAUAUACAUAUAAGAGUCAAUGGCAAUUGCAGCGGCAAACUCAUCACCCACCAUGAGCCUGAGCCAAAGCCAGAGCCAAGAGGAUGCCACAACCACCACCACCUCCACCACCAACGACAACAAACCCGACGAUCACGAGCACGACAUGGUCAUGCCUGGCUUUCGCUUCCACCCAACUGAAGAAGAGCUCGUUGAAUUCUACCUUCGCCGUAAGGUUGAGGGCAAGCGUUUCAAUGUGGAACUCAUUACUUUCCUUGAUCUUUAUCGCUAUGACCCUUGGGAGCUUCCUGCCUUGGCAGCUAUAGGUGAGAAGGAAUGGUACUUCUAUGUGCCCCGAGAUAGAAAGUAUCGCAACGGUGAUCGUCCCAAUCGUGUCACUACCUCUGGGUAUUGGAAGGCAACGGGAGCUGACAGGAUGAUCCGAACAGAGAACUUUCGCUCAAUCGGCCUCAAGAAAACCCUAGUUUUCUAUUCUGGGAAAGCUCCCAAAGGUAUCCGAACCAGUUGGAUUAUGAACGAGUAUCGCUUGCCGCAACAUGAAACUGAACGAUAUCAAAAGGCUGAGAUAUCGCUUUGCCGGGUGUACAAGAGAGCUGGAGUAGAGGAUCAUCCCUCCCUCCCUCGUUGUCUCCCGACCCGGCCAUCCUCAUCAAGAGCAUCACAUUCAGACAAUAAGAAGCACAAUGAAAUAAUGGUUCACCACAACAUGGGAUUUGUGGGACAAUCGAAGCCAACUGAACAAAUAGUUGACAAGAUGAACGAAACGGAGGCAAGCAGUGAUGUCACCACAACUCUUGGACUUUCCAAGUACAAUGCUUACCGUGCUGCAAUGGGUGCACUUAGCACUACAAUGGGACUACCAGUGGUUCCAAUGGACGAGGAAGCGUUGAUGAUGAUGCAGCAGCAACAGCAGCAGCAACAACAACAAGCCAAGCAAGCUGCCACCAUCUUCUCUGCUGGCCCUUCUAAUUCGAACAAUGCAGUGAUGGAUGAUCUGAAUAGGCUUGUGAGUUACCAACAGCAGUACUACAAUGUUCAAAGCCAUCCCAAUCAGUUCUCCAGUUUGCUGAUGCAACCAUCACCAAUGUCUCUCAACUCGCUACCAAAUCCACUUCCAACCACCUUCUCUGACCGACUGUGGGAGUGGAAUCCAAUUCCUGAGCCAAAUCAAGAGUACAGCAACAUGUCCUUCAAGUAAUGACUCAAUUAUAUCUGUGAACUGCACAUACAUAUAUAUAUAUAUAUAUAUAGAUAGAGACAUUUAUCUGUGCUAAUUUCUACUAUAAACUUUAUUUAGGUUGUUUCCGUUACUCUAAUUAAUUAAUCUGCUAUCUUAUCUUAGAUUUCAAUAACAUAAUUGUAUGACUCAUGUUGAUCAAUCAUCAAUAUGU